UCUACGCAUUCCCCGUUUCAAUUGUUCCUACCUAUCAAAUAAUUAACAUUAUUAUUUUUUCUUUUCCUAUCUGCUGAAAUUAUCCAUAUUCUUAUCUAUCUUUUUAUCAAUCAUCCAUCCUACUGACAACAUGGUGGACCGCGCGGCGAAGCGCUUACGGCGGAUCAGCCAUGAGAACGACUCUGUUGGAGGGAACAACAAAGGCAGUGCCGGCCAGUUCAGCAGUCCUGCCCAAACCGCAUCUUCGACCCGUCCAAGACGUGGCACCACGAACAAAUCCCCCCAAGCCGCGCAUAUCGAGCGCUCAUCGCCCGAAGAGAAGCGCCAAUCUAUCCAUCUCACCGUCAAGUCUUCGCCCAAUAAGCUCCGGCAAGCAACAAGCGGAAGGGUUGCAAAGUCAAACGUGACUUCACAUAACAUUGUCUCUGGAAAGCGGUCAUCGCGCAAUAGCAGAGUCGUUCGGGAGGUCGACAGCGACGAGGAUGAAGAAGAGGACGAAGAGCAAGUAGAUGCAAUGGACGUGGAUGAGGAGGAGGAGGACGAAGAUGACGACGAAGAUGCUGAAGGUGAGGAGGACGAUGAGGACAUGGAUGCUGAAGGCGACGAAGAGGACGAAAUGGAUAUUACGCCUGCUCCCCGAGCAGUAACGUCAAGCAAGGAAAACGUUCGUGUAAAACCUCCUGUCAUUUUAAAGGCACCACAAGACUCUGUCGAAGCCAAGGAGAUGGCCAUGGACGAUGAUGAUGACGAUGACGAGUUGUCCGAAUUGGACUCCGACCUAGAAGAUGAGGAGCAGGAGGAGGAUGAGGAAGAUGAGGAAGAUGAGGAGGAGGAUGCGGAAGGAGACGACGACGAUGCGGAAGGUGAAGAAGAUGAUGAGGUGCCCGCUCAAAACGAUGACGACGAAGACGAGGAAAUGGAUAGUGAUGAUGAUACACCCAAUUCCCUAAGUCGAAGCCACACGCCCGACUUGAGCAAAUUGACCCGUAGGCAGCGGGCUAUGGUGGAAGAAGAGGCCAGUGAUGCUGCCCUCAUGGCGCUCUCGAACGAGGCACAGAAGAAGAAGCACUUCACUGAAGAAGAGAAUGCCAUGCGUCGCGCAGAAAUGGCCCGCAGGCGGAAGAAUCUCAGUGAGAAGCGCAAUGAAGAAGAGAAGUUGGACACCAUCAAUCGCCUUCUCAAGAGACAGCCCUCCAAACGUCAGAAAAAGAUCCAAGAAAUCACUGAAGACGACCAAGAAAACGAACCCGAGGUUGAGAAGAUCGACCCCCUCUAUGUUCGCUACAUUCAGAAUGCCAAUGGUACCAGCAUGGCUAUUCCUGAAGAAUGGUUGCAAAGUCCCGCGGGGAAUGUAUUCGCUGGCACUCCAGCGAAACCCUCGAAUCGACCAUAUGGCCGCCGCAUGGUAGAAGAAGUGGCCUGAACAAAAAUAGCACAAAAGUCUUGAAGACUGCACCGUUUCAAACCCCAUUUCCAGGGUACGUGUGCCCAGGUUCUUUCAGAUGCAGAGGUGUAUGGCGUUUGGCAAGGGAGUUAUUUCAUUCGUUCUAUUUGUACUCUGCAUACCAUCUGCGUGGACCGUACGUGCCUUAUGGACUUUAUUGGCAAUGAUAUGCCCCAGAUUCCAGUUCCCUUUCGAUGCCAUACCCUGUAAGAUACUCUAGAUAAUCAGAACGCACGUUCAAGUGUGGUUUUUCCAACAGCCUAAGUUUCUAGUCCGAUCAUUGAG